GCGACCUGAAAGGAUUUGUAUAGCGAAUGUGUCGCGAUACCUCGCUCCGUUAUCCGAGAACCGCGACACCGAGAGUGCGAGAUUGUGUUCACCGCGGUCGUGUACGUGCGCCCGUGAAUGCGCAGCCUGUUUCGCGUCACCGAGAGAUGCGUUGUGCGCGAGACGCAAAUCGAAAUCGCGUACAGACAGAUCGCUCGUCCCGCGGGCGCCAGCAGCAGCAGCAGCACCAGCAGCAGUAGUAGCAGCGCAGCAGCAACAGCAACAGUAGUAGCAGCGGCGGCGGCGGCGGCAGUAGCAGAAGCAGCAACAUCAGCAAUAACAACGACAGUAUCGGCGGCGGCAGCGAUUCGACGCAGCGUGGAUUUAUAGCGCCGGUGUUGCUCCGGCGAGAAAACGGCCAUGCACACGAUUGCGUCGUCGCGUCCGCUAUAAUGCGUUGUGGAUCAAAAAUAGUUACUUGCCACGAAAAUCCAGUGGUGCUGGCAUGAUAAAAUAAGGGAAGCGAAGGAAAUGAGCCACAAUAUUGCGGGCAUGCCACCCUUCACGAGGAUGCCAUUGGGGGGUAUGGGAAUGGGUGUGAAUAUGGGCCCCAACGCCCCACAUCCUGACUCUUCGCCUCACCCCCAUCCACCACCGCCACCACCAGCUGGUGCUAAUCCUAAAAAGAAAAGGCGUACGAAUGCAAGUGUUGCCCAACCACCUCCGCAACAACCUCCAUCUGUACAGGACCUACUACCCCCGCCCUUAACUGGUUACGGUGACACAAUAGUAGCAAGUAACCCUUUCGACGACACGCCGCCACAAACAACGCAAAGCCCAAUGAUGCAUGGUGCGCCUUCACAUAUGCAUCCUCAUCAUCCACAUCAUAUGGGUGGCCCUCCUAUGCGAGGUAUGAGCCCUUUAACUACGAUAGGUGGCAUGAGUCCUAUGAUGCCGCAUAACAUGGGAAACAUGAGCCCUAUGGGUAAUUCGCCCAUGACAAAUCACAUGAAUCACAUGGGGGCUAUGUCUCCUAUGAAUCACGCUCCUAUUGGAGGCAUGAGCCCCAUGAAUAACAUGGGCCCGAACAUGCCUCCUGGUCCAAUGAACACCAUGAACAAUCACAUGAAUAUGAGUCAUAUGGGAAAUUCGCAACUAAGUGGUCCACCCAUGGGUAGCCCGAUGAAUAAUAUGAAUAGUGGGCCUAUGGGUAGCCCAAUGAAUAACAUGGGCCACAAUAUGGGUAGCCCUAUGGGUGGACCUUUAGGUUCUCCAAUGAAUAUAGGUGGAUCUAAUCAUAUGCCUAAUGGACCAAUGAACAUGAACAACAUAAAUAGCCAUAUACCGCCCAACAGUCCAUUAAAUGGACCGUCAUUAAACAAUGUAAACAGUCCACUAGGGCAUAAUGGAUCUCAACCUCAUCCGAAUCAUAUGGGAAAUAAUCUUAACAACUUAGGAAGACCUAUGAAUGGACCUAUGACUACUAUGAGUUCGAUGGUAUCGAACAACAUGAACAUGACUGGGCCAAAUCAGAUAAACAACAUGAAUAUGGGUGGCCCGGGAAUGAGCAGUAUGUCCAAUAUGAACAUUAGUCAUCACAAUCAAAUGGGAAGUCAUAUGGCAGGUCCAAUGGGCACAAUGUCCAAUAAUAUGGGUGGUGGACCACCCAUGGGACAUCCUAUCAAUUCCAUGGGAGGAUCUAUGCCACCACACGGGUUUCAAGGUCCGCCAGGAAUGGGUCCAAAGCCAAUGCCAAUUUCUGCGGGCAAAAUAUAUCCUCCAGAUCAAUCAAUGGUAUUCAAUCCACAAAACCCUAAUGCGCCACCGAUUUAUCCCUGUGGAAUUUGUCAUAAAGAAGUACACGACAAUGAUCAGGCAAUUCUGUGCGAAUCAGGUUGUAAUUUUUGGUUUCAUAGGAGCUGCACAGGAUUGUCGGAAUACGCUUAUCAAUUAUUAACGGCAGAAGUCUACGCGGAAUGGGUGUGUGAUAAGUGUUUGCAAUCGAAGAACAUACCCCUGGUUAAGUUUAAACCAUAACACUUCGUGUCCCGUCGUUCAUGCGACGCUCCAGUGACUAUUUGUUAGCCUUUAUAUGUGGUACACGCAUAUAUGCGCGUGCAAUUGUGCACACACAACACAGACACACUUUAGCACAUGAUAUAUAUUAAUGCACGUGCGAAGUCGUGCAUUUAAUAUAAAAAUAUGCUGUUUGUUAAUAACUUAGCUUUAACUUGUUGAAAUAUUAGGGUAUCAUUGUAAGUUGUACUGAUGAAUAUGAAACCAGAGAAGUAACAUUCAGAUGUCACUUUAAUUUCAAGUCUGAUCAUGACAAAUGGAUUCAUACACAAAAUUAUUAAAUUAAUAUAAUUUAAUACUGAAUUUUGUCAAAUAAUGAAACAGAUUUUACUUGAAAAAUUAACAUAUAAAAUAUUUUAAGAGAAUUUAUGGUCCAAGACGUUGAAAAGAAGAUAGAAAAGAAAAUUAUUAAAUUUAUAAAUGACAAAAUAUUUAACAUUCUCGAAGGACUUAGUAUUUUUACGACUAAUUGCAUUUAAUUCAAAAUUAAUUGUACGUACAUAUUUUCGGUAUUAUUAGCAAAGCAAACGUAAGAUGUAUAUUAGAGACGAGCCGCGAACAAUUUUGCAUCGUCUUUGUUUUAUCCUACAUAAACGUUCCUGAGAUAAACAUCAUAAUAAAUGUUAUCAUCUACACAAUUGAUAUUUAAACGUGGUUUAUAGUGUUAAUUUAACCAAUUGAUUUGUACGAGUACCAUUUGUCAUCAGAGUCAUCGAGCAUCAAUUGUGAUUUUUUUCAAUAUUUUUGGGAAGAUAUGAGCAUUAAUAUUAAAAUCAUAUUGAGAUCAUAUGUACAAAACAGGUCAUAUAUUACUUAAAUUAUUUUUGGUUUAUUGCAAGUAACGAAUAUAUCGCCUUUAUCAUGCAGAUGAUAUAUUUAUUGUGAUACAAAUUAUACUGAUUGAUUGAAGAUUGACAUAAGAGCUUGUCGUAAGUCCUAUUUUUAUUGUUAAAGCUACAUGUUUUAUUAAAUUUAAGUAUAUGACUUAAUACAAUCAGCAUGAAUGGAAUUAGCUAAUUUCAUUCAAGAAACGGAAUUAUGCAAACUCAAAUGCAGUAUUGGUACUCCCAGGCGAUAUACCUAAAAGUGCUGCAAUUCUUAUAUUUUUAUAUGUCAUAUAUAUAUAUUUUUUUUAGUCUAAAGAAGACCAUGGUAAAUUUUACUUUAAUAUCUUUAGUUUAUUUUAUUACUUUGACUUUUCUCUAAAUCGAGCCGAAAGCAAAGAAACUUUUUUUUAAUUAAAUAUUUCUUGUUUUUAAAUAAAAUAGAAGAUAAAAGUAGAAUAGCAAGUCAUGUGGCUGAAAUUUUUUCGUAAGUAACGAGAAAAGUAAAUUGGCUUUUUAUUUUUUGAAAAAAUCGAGUAGCAAAUUUGGUUGAAUGUGCGUAAUAACACAUAUUUAAAGGCUGUUGUACAUAAAUGACGUAAAAACAUGUAUAUGAAUUAUGUUUGAUAAAAUAUGUUGGAUAUUUUAUGAAUCCAAGAUAAUUUUAUCAAAAAUUUAUGUUUUUACAUUUAGGUGAAUUAAUGUACAACAGGCUUUUGUAAUCUGCGCCACUAUAAUCGAAUUUGCAAUAAGCAAACUGAAUGUUAAGUUCAGUCUUUAAAAUAAUUGUUUUUUUUUUAUGUUAAUCAUAAUUUGAUUGAUUAUACAAUAUUGUUGCCAUGGUUUUAAACUCUUAAUUUAACUGCGCGGUUAAAUUAGGAUAUAAGAAAUAUAUCUCUAAAGUUGUGUAAAAAAGUUUUUAUGGAAAUGUUUUAUUUAUGAAGUAAUCUUUAAUGAGAUUGCUUGCGCACACAGCAGGAAUUUAUUUGACUGAUAUUAACAUGCAGGUUUUUCUACUAUAAAGGUCGUCGCACACAAAAUUGCAUAGGCUGCAUAAGCAUAGCAUAAGACCGCUGGACCAAUGAGCAUCUUAUGUAAAUUAAUAUGGUGACAUUAUGGAUGUACAUUGGUUUAGCGGUCUUAUGCUACGCUUAUGCUAAGCUAUGCAUUUUGUGUGCGAUGGCCUUAACAGAAGAUUUUAUAACCCAAUAGAAAUUCGAUAGAAAGUAGAAUCGGCAUAAGCCUCUAACAUUUAGGGAGAGCUGAAGUGCAAAAUAAAAUUGUUAAUUAAAAACUGAUUAAAAUCGUAACAUUUUCGGAAUUGUACCGCAAAUUAGUCUUUUGCUAGUAUUUGCCUUUUUAAUUUGCCGUUUAUCUACAAAAGAUAAUAUGUAGCGAAUUUGAGCAGUACACAUAAAGGCUGUUGUACACAAAGUGACAUAAAGGCAUACCGUAGUGUAUACGUUGUUGGAUUAAUGAGAUGCUCCGCACAGUUAUUUCAUUGUUUGGUAGAUACAUUGGGUGUUUCAAAGCGCCUAUAUUAUAUCUAUUUACUUAGAUAAAUUAAUGUACAACAGAUCUAAAAUUUCGAGAUAGAACAAGUAAUAUCUCUCAACUUCAUGAUAAAGGAAUCUGUGCACACUUAACAAUUUUAACUAGCUAGCAUAAUCUUCGCAUCUGCCAGGUUUACAGUAUCGACGAUAUGAAUAUUAAAAAAGAAGAAUUGUGCGUCGGGAAUAUUGUCAGGAGAUUAACUGUUAAAGCAAGAAAACUAAAUUCCGUCGGCAGCUAAUACAAAAUUAUCGUCUACGGAUUGUAUAGUUUUUUAUAUGUAUAUGAAAUAUUAGCCAGAUAUAUAUAUACAUAUAUAUAUAUCAUUUAAUGCCUGUAUUAAACGGAGAUCUGAUUUGACGAACAACGGAAAUCUUUAUUAAAAAUAAUUAGCGUCUAUUGUACCUCGACUAUAAACUCGCUAAUUUAACUCUGAAUAUAAAAUUGACGAAUUUAAUUUUGGAUCAAGAAAUGAUUUUUGUAUGCCAAUUUCUUAAUCUAAAAUUAAAUAACUUUUUACUCAAAGUCUCCGUAUAAUUCAUGCGUUAAGCUUUGUUUUACUAUAAUCGUUUUUAACACAUAUUACAUGUGAGUAACAUACACAGGAUCCUACAUAAUGCUCAUAUUUUAGUAUUACAACGAAUAGGAUUACCAUUUUCACAUAUCUUCUUUCUAUGUUUUCUCAUGCGAAUAGGAAGGUGACGCUAAAACCUGUUAAAAUUGCUUUUAUUGCGAAAGUUAAAAAAAAUACAGGGGAUUAAGCGAUUUACAAAGACUCACACGGAUAACAUUAUCAAUGGCCGAUGCAGCGGAUGUAAUCAUUUUCUAGUACAAAAAAAUGAGCCGUAAUUUAAGUGACUAAAGAUAAAUGUUUAUCUUUCACAGAAUUAAGCCAUAAGUGAUUUUGUUAUUUUAAAGACGAUUACACGUUAAUUCGUGACACGAAGUAUCCAUCUCGACUACAUGUCGCGUAAUAAUUCCUUUCUUCGUUUGCCAGUAAUGAUUUGAAUAUGUGUUUUACGACGGUAGCUUAACCCCCUAUUGUAAAAAAUUUGUUCGAAACAAAUGCAUUUUAUAUGUGUCCAACUGUUUGUUUCAUUGUACUCUCUUCAAAUGCAGUUACCUUUAUUUUCAGGAAGUAUGUAUAUAUGCCGAAACAUAUGACGAUUUCUUUUUAACGGAGAUGGAAAUAUUUCGCAUGCGAAUAUACACACAUUUACGGUCUUUUCUUUUUAUAAGCGGUAUAAUAUAGGCUAUCGUAUAAAUAUCUAUUGACUUUAUGUACAUAAGCCUUUCUAUAUCUAAGAUUUAAUAUGGUGGGAAUCAAGUGAGAGAGAGAGAAAUGCGCAAAUAUUCGCCGCAGUCGUACAGUGGUUUUAUGUAAAUAAUAUAUAUCACGUUAAAAAAAAAAACAGAUUCAUCGAUCGUAAUGUGUUGGAUGUAUUUCGCACUAAUUCUUGUUCUUACAAUGACGUAACAUAGCGCAGUUUACAGUCGAGGGGGCUGAGACGUUACAUCGCCUACGUGCGUGGAUUUCUGCGAAGUGUCGCUAUUAUUUGAUGCAGUUACGUUUUUAUAGUCGAGAGCAGGCACGUUUUAUGGAAAAAGGAAAAUUGUAACCUUAGAAAGUUCGACCGCGAUUUAGAAAUUUAAGAGAGCAACGCACACAUUCUUGUCGUUGUCAAUUCGGCGCACCGCUUUACACACAAUAUCACAAACACAUGAACACACACAUGGCACAUGGUAUUAUUUUGUAUAAAAUUGCGGAUUAUUGUUAUCCCGACUUCGGAACUUUGAAAGAACUUGGAAUUUUCGAUUAUGUCGUAAUACUCUCGAAACACGCGUCCACCACAAGCUCGGUUUGCCGAUAGCGACACGAAAAACGCGAUAAGAGUAAUGGACGAGAAAGAAAGGAAAACAGGCGGACAAGAGCUGAAGAGAGCGACGGUGAGACGCUGCGACAGAACGACGUGGACGCGAUAUCACGAACGGGGCAAAAAAAAGAAACCAGCACGCGACAAAUUGUUCAUAGAUUAUUUUUUAUCAUGUGAAUACAGAAUAUAUAUCAGCAAUAAAAAUUGUUAUACAUAUUAUAGACUGGCGUCUACGUAUGUGUGUAUGACCAUUUUACAUACGCAGCGCGUACCUAAUUCCCACUCUUAUGCGACGUGUACAUGUUCACUUAUAUAUCUAUUGUACAUAUUUAUAUGGCACUUUAAAUAACAAGUCGAUACAUUGUUGAUUUUUA